ACGAUUGGCGAGUUACAAAGUCCCGACCCGAUUGAAAACAGUUGCUGAACUGCCUAAGAAUGCGAUGGGCAAAGUAACCAAGAAUGGCCUGUUGCCUCUGUUUGAAGAAUGAAAACUAACAACUUGGUCUUUUUCUUUGGGGGAGGAGGGGGGAGGGUAUUCACCGUGACUGAAAUAAAAAAAUAUAGAGGCUACUGCUCUCUCUUCCGUUUCACUUUUUUUUUUCCUGUGCAAAAAUCUGUUCAUGUUUUUGAAACAAGGAUUGACUGCGGUUGCUCUUUUGACUUUUGUGCUGGUGAAAACGAGCGAAGGAGCGCGAGCAUGCCUUGCUACGGCGGUCAACAACGAAGACAGUAACACAAAGUACACAUUCGCAUUGGCAUCAUUGGAUGACGGUGACACGGAAACGCGAAUUCAGGAAGCCUGUUACUACGGUUGCGGAGGACAAUUGAUGACCAAAUCGCCCGACAGAGACAGUAACGGUCUGACCAUCCUCGAUAAUUCGAUUCAUUUCCUAGUCUCCUCUGGAUUCCUUUCCUCCAACGAAACCUAUAUUGUGGUAAGUUAUGAAUUCAUUCAGCACUGUACAGAAAGGGUUACUGAUACGAUGGCUGAAAUUACUCCACGCUGCAGAAUCAAUUGGGAGUGGAUGAUGAUGAAGAAGGCACAGGUAUCGGCUGCAUACAAUUUCCAGAGUACGUUGGGAGUAAAGUAGGGACAAAAAAGACAUCCUCCUUUUUGCUAACAAUGUACCGGUAUAGUGACACCAGCUAUAAACGUUUGCCGCAGUCGGAUCCAGCAUGUAAAGUUGCA